AUGGCAGAGACUAAAGAGGAGGAAGUGAGCAAUGGCUGCUGGCUCGAGAAGCUGAAGCCCUGGAUAGCUGACUUCCCAUUAAAAUGGGCGCCAUCCUGCCUGUCUCCUCACCAUCCUCCCAUUCCGUCACCCCAUGACCUGUCCCCCUUCCCACCCCCAACACGCCACACAGCACUCUCCACAGGCUGGCUGGUUGGCUCCUGGGGAGCUGUGUUGAAGUGGGAGUUGUGCCGGCUGCAUCUUUUUGUGUGGAACGGUUGGGUCCAUCCAGACCUCAAGUCCAUUCCCACAGCUCUAAGUGAAGCUGGGAUGAAGUGCUGGUCAAUUGGGACUUCAGAAACCUAA